UAAUUUAACACGUUCGCUACCAAGUGGCUCAUAUAUGCGCCACAAGGAUUUUUCUCAUAGACCAGCGUCACACAUUUGAGCCGUGGUUUCUACUGUACUAAAUGAUGAACAAAAUAUUAACGUUCGCAGAUAGCGGUUUGUGCUUUGCAUGUGGUCUAUAGGAAAGUGUGGCGCAUAUCUGAGUCGCAUGGUCUGUGCUUUGCUUCCACCGUUAGUAGAAACUGAGUGUCAACCGGUACAACAUAACAUCCGAAUUGUGCUGUGCUUUAUUCUUGUUUUUAGUCCAUGUAAGUGUUUUUUGUUUUACAUAUUAUUAGGUAUGGUAUUUUGUAUGAUAAUUCUACUAGAAAACAAAAAAAAAUCAUUAUUACCACAAAGAAAAUAAAACGUGCUGGAAAAGUGAGGUUACGUCACAAAAUAUUUUCCAUUUUAGGCGCACGCUGUAUUUCAAAGGUUUUUCGUCAAUCUCGUUGUUUUUCUCUCAAUUUCGUAUGUUUGCUACAUAUUUACUCGUAACACGCGUAAUAAUAUUCCCUUUGAUGUUGUUUCAGUGUUUAGCUGGGAUGGCUAAAAGAACAUUUCUAAGCGAGAAAGACCUUCAAGAAGAGGCCGACAAAAUUAUGAACUCAGAAAAUAAUGAAAAUCUUUCUCAGAUGCUGGAACCUGAUGAAAUUCCAGAAAUGUUUUCAGAUUCUGGAAGUAGCUACAAGCCUUCAUCAGAAUCGGGUUCUAGUGUGGAACAUUGUCCAAGUAGUGACUCGGAACAUUUUAGUGAUGAACCACAUAGCGACCUUGAUGAAAAUGUUCCUGAUAAUGAACCAACGAAUAAUCAAGACGAUAUCGAUAGUGACUGGGUCGAAAUUGACGGUGAACCAGAGAUUUUCGAUUUUCUAGAAAUCGAAGGGUUGAAAGUAAAUAUUUUAGAAAGCUCUACUGUCAGAUAUAUAUUUGAACUAUUGUUUGAUGACAACUUAUUUGAAAAAAUUUGUGAAUGGAUCAAUCUACGUGCACUGUCAGUUAUAGGCAAUGUAAUACCGAAGCAUUCUACAAUGAAUAAAUGGAAACCAAUAACUCCUGAUGAAUUCCGCCGUUUUCUCGCAUUAUGUAUGCUAAUGGGGAACAUAAAAAUGCCCAACGUUAAGUGCUACUGGAGUAGGAAUCCACUGUAUGCCCACCCAAUAUUUGGAAAUACAAUGUCAAGAAAUAGAUUCGAACAAAUUUUACGGUGUUUAUGUUUUACCAAAAAAGAUGAUAUAAAAACUUCUCGUUUACAUAAAAUUGAACAAGUUGCAGACCAUCUUUUUGAAAACAUACGACAGGUCUUAUAUCCUGGAAAAAACCUUUCCCUAGAUGAAGCUUUGCUACUUUGGCGUGGACGAUUGAUAUUUCGUCAGUAUAUUCCUAAUAAGAGUGCAAAAUAUGGAAUAAAAUUGUAUGAGCUUUGCACCCCUGACGGCUUUGUUUUAGAAUGUCUGGUUUAUACUGGGAAAGACACAGUUAACAAUGAGACUGGCCAUGCACAAGCUGUAGUAACAAAACUAGCUGAGCGAUAUUUUGGGAAAGGUCACACAUUGUACUUGGACAAUUAUUACAACAGUGUAACUCUUGCAGAAUUUCUUUAUGAAAAAAAAACUCAUGUGGUAGGAACAUUGAGAAAAAACCGGAAGGGGAACCCAAAAGUAGUAGUUAACUACAAAUUACGCAAAGGAGAGAGCAUUUUCCGAAAAAAGAAAAAUUUGAUGGUCUUGAAGUGGAAGGACAAGCGCGACGUACUCAUGAUAACGACGUUGCAUGGACCUGGAUCUGAAAAAACUACUAAUAAACGAGGGGCCGAACAAGAGAAACCGAGUGUUGUGGUUGACUAUAACAAACAUAUGUCCGGUGUGGACAGGAGUGACCAAAUGCUCUCAUAUUAUACGACACCCAGAAAAACUAUUAGGUGGUACCUAAAACUAUUUUUCCAUUUUGUAGACAUAUGCUUAUGGAAUGGUACAUAUUUGCACAACGUUGCUAAGAAAAAAAAAAUUACGUACCUUGAAUUCAGGGAGCUGCUGAUACAUGACUACCUUCAAGUUCAACUUCCAUCAAGGAAAAGUCAGGUGAAACAUUCAUCUCAUUAUCCCAAAAAAACAGAAAAACGAAGAAGAUGCCGAAUUUGUUCCUCAAAAAAGAAAAGGUCACUGACAUUUUUUCUUUGCGAGAAAUGUAAAGACAAAGAUGGAAAAGUGAUUGGGCUGUGUGUAGAUCCAUGUUUUCGGGAGUAUCACGAAGGCAGCCAGUAGAUAAUCUUUAGUAUUUAUGUCAUUAGAAGUUUUUUUUUGUUUUUUUUUGUGAGUUUCUUGUUUUUGUUUGUUCUUGUGUUAUCAGAAUACAUUAUUUUGUUCGUGUUUUGAAAGAAAUAGAGUUUAUUUACUUAUAUUUGUUAGUUUUAUUACGUCUCAUAUUUGCGACAUAUGGUCUAUGAUAUUUCCAGUCAUGCUAUAGACCAGCGUCACAUAUAUGAGCCGGAUCAAAAAAUCCUACAGGAAUUGCAUAUUUUCCUCUCAUAUUGGAUAUAUUACAAUCAGAGAAGGUUUAUUUCUUCUAAUUUGUCAUAAUCUAUAUAUGGUCCAGCAGGACGAAACAUAAGAACAGCCCUGGUAGCGAACGUGUUAAUAAUGACUUUUUGAUUGUAUAGAGGCACUAGAACGUCUACUCACCUGUUGCUUCUCAAUUUACUAAAAGAAUGUUGUACUUAAUUAGAUUUAGAAUUUGAUGAAUUUUUUUAAUACUUU